AUGGUACGUGAGCAAUAUACUACAACCACAGAAGGCACCCACAUAGAGAGGCCAGAGGACCAGAAUGUCUAUAAAAUUGGCAUUUAUGGCUGGAGAAAGCGUUGCCUCUACUUAUUUGUUCUUCUUUUACUCAUCAUCCUAGUUGUGAAUUUGGCUCUUACAAUUUGGAUUCUUAAAGUGAUGUGGUUUUCCCCAACAGGAAUGGGUCAUUUGCAAGUAAAGAAAGAUGGACUUCGCCUAGAAGGGGAAUCAGAAUUUUUAUUCCCAUUGUAUGCCAAAGAAAUACACUCCAGAAUGGACUCCUCUCUGCUUCUGCAAUCAACUCAGAAUGUGACUGUGAAUGCCCGCAACUCCGAAGGAGAGGUCACAGGCAGAUUAAAAGUGGGUCCCAAAAUGGUGGAAGUCCAGAGUCAACAGUUUCAGAUCAACUCUAAGGAUGGCAAGCCACUAUUUACAGCUGAUGAAAAGGAAGUUGUGGUUGGUGUAGAUAAACUUCGAGUAACUGGUCCUGAAGGGGCUCUUUUUGAACAUUCAGUGGAGACACCACUUGUCCAAGCUGACCCGUUUCAAGAGCUUAGGUUAGAAUCCCCUACAAGGAGUCUAAGCAUGGAUGCCCCCAGGGGUGUUCAUAUUAAAGCCCAUGCUGGGAAAAUUGAGGCCCUCUCUCAAAUGGAUAUCAAAUUUCAUAGUAGUGAUGGAAUGCUUGUGCUGGAUGCUGAAACUGUAUGUCUGCCCAAGUUGGUUCGGGGAACUGGGGGUCCCUCUGGCAGCUCGCAGAGACUCUAUGAAAUCUGUGCUUGUCCAGAUGGGAAACUUUACCUGUCCGUGGCUGGUGUGGGUACCACAUGCCAGGAAAACAGCCAGGUCUGUCUCUAA